AUGUACGUUGACUUUGUAAAGAGCAAUUUCAGACCGACAAGCAAAGAAUUAGAGUUAUUGUAAUCCUAAGAAUUAAUAGAAUUAUACGAAAAUAUUUAGCAAAAAGGCGGACACCAUAUAUAGUAUUACUCGGAAUAGUAUAAUGUAUUUCAAAGCUAAGAGAAGCAAGAGUUUCUGAAUUUGUUUUGUAAAUACUUAUUAAAUUUUGAAUUGAAUAAAACAAAUGUUGAUGGGUAGUAUUUGUAAAGAUGUGCCUAUGUUGAAAUUGACAAAGCCCUUGAUUGUUUCACGGAAUCACCAGAAAAGUGGCUCAAAAAAGAUUAAGCAAUUUUAUGGUCAAUGCCAUAAGACGUAAUAGAUAAACUCAAUAAAGAUCUAUUCACAUUCUCAGAUUUGGUCAAACAUCAUAAAAACCAAAAAAUAGAUAUAAGAGCUCAAAACCCAUUCACAGACACAAUCGAGGCAAAGGAAGGGGAUUUUUAUUAGGCUUUUACAAUGUCAAUCUAGUAAUACAAAGAUUAUGUUGAGGAUCCGAUUGCAUUUCUUUUAAAUAAUACUAAUUAUAGGAAGGACAAAGUUUAUUAGGCAGUAAAUGUAGACAUGGAGAACUGGAAGGAUGAAAUAUAAAGACUGUUUGAUUUCUUUCCAAAAUUCUUUUUAUUAAACAACGGAUUGAAGUAUUUGAGAUAGAACUGUAAAGGAGCAAACGUACCAGAAAUAUAUAUGAGAGCUGCCAAUUGUUGGAUUGGAGGAUAAUAGGAUUUUUAAGGUAUGAGUUAAAUCAAUAUAAAUCAUGGACCAGGAGAUUGCUUAUGGACCAUUAUCGAUGCAUGCCAUGUGGAUUAGUUGUUGAAAAUAAUUCCUGAUUUGUAUAAGAAGGAGGGAAGAUGGUAUGUAAAUAUUACGUAUUUCCUACAAAACAAAAUACCUGUUAAGUAAGUAAUCUAAAAGUAAGGGGAUAUCUUGAUAAUUGGGGCUGGAAGCUUCUUUUAAGCUAAGAAUAUAGGAAAUUCAAUACACACUUCAUUCAACUUUUUAAUGAUGGAUGAUUUCUCUAUGCAACAAAUAUUCUUGAGACAAAUUAGGAAUGAUAAUUUCAAACUUUGGAGUGUGAUAGCAAUCAGAAAUUUAUUCUUGGAUAUCUUCAUCCAUGAGAAAUUACCCAUUUUAAGGGAGUAUUUGACAUAUUUUAUAGAUCAAGAACUUGAACGUUAAUUAUCUAAAAGUAAUCCAACUCAGUUUAAAUUAUUUAUAUCCUCGAAGGAUGUAUUGAUUUGCACCAAAUGCUAUAAGGAAAUCUUUAUAUUCUUUUAAUUCAUUAAAGAUUGGGUAAUUUAUUGUCCAGAUUGUUAUAUUGAUGAUGAAGACAUAGUUUACAUGAAAUAUCACAUUGCACAGUUGAGAUGUCUUAUACAGGCUGAUAGAGUUUAAUGCUCAAAAUUGUUGUGUAGCAAUUAUGUGGGAGAGACAACGUGUGAAUUGAAACAGCAACUCAAAUUGAAGGUGCAAAUAAAUCCUGAACCAAAUAACAGAAUAGUAGAUAGCAGACAACUUUUGGAUGAGUUCAUUGUCGGGUUGAACAUAGAAUCAUCCAAUUCUCAUAAUCAAUAAAAUGGAUCGACUGUGGAUUAUGUGUAUAAUGGCAAAAAGCAACAUAAAAAAAUACAGGAAAAAAUAGCAAUGAUGAAAUUGCAACAUGAGAAAUUAAAAAAACACAAGAAAUGUGAAAAACUUUAAGAUCUAAAGGUAAUUAAGUACAUUCAAAAAACAAAAUAAAGAAUCUUAAAUUGA